AUGAAACGACGUCGCUAUGAUAGCGAUGAUGAUGAUGAUAAUGACACAUAUGCGGAGGGACCGCUCCUUCCAUAUGCGUUUGGUGACAAGAGCGAAGUGUUGAUGGCGGUUGGAGUACACAUGGAGGAUAUCGAUGACACAAGCAGUGAUAGUUGUGGGGUUUCAUUAAAUCCUACAGCUGGUGGAAACGAACAAAAACGGCAACAAGAAGAGGGUGUACCAUUUUCAUCUUCAGAGAAUAUAUCUGUGGCACAAUUUCAUUACCAGGCACUUCUUUUAGACCACGAUAUACCAGAACACUGGAAAGGUUUAUUGCCAGAGGACCUUCUUGAUGUCUACUUUGCUACAUUAAACUACACAGAAUCAAAGAAGUCUUUGGAUGACAAGUUGUUGUCUCAGUAUGUCCCAUAUGACGUAGAACGGGUUCCGUCUCUUGGGUCUGUGGAACAGCGUAAGUGGGAAAACUCGUUUGGCAUAAAACCAGGAUGGCGUUGGGAUGGUGUUAUUCGGGGUGUUAACACUUUGUGA